AUAGCUCAAAAACAAAGUACCCAUUACCAAGUACUUUGAAACUUUCACUCAUUCUUCAAACUUCAAACUUCAAACUCACCCAUAACACAACACUAGUAGAAUAAAAUCUCAAACUUUCGGAGGGAAACACAAUACUAAUAACCAAAAAAUGUUUGCCGAAGAAAAUGGUCUCAAGGGAGACCCAAGAUUGCAACACAUCUCUCAAUCCAUCAGAGUUGUCCCUCACUUCCCCAAAAAUGGGAUAAUGUUUCAAGACAUAACGACAUUGUUGUUAGAUCACAAGGCGUUUAAAGAUACUGUCGAUAUUUUUGUCGAUCGUUACAGAGACAUGCACAUUUCAGUUGUUGCUGGAAUUGAAGCACGAGGUUUUGUGUUUGGUUCCUCUGUUGCGUUAGGUAUUGGUGCAAAGUUUGUUCCUUUACGCAAACCUCGGAAGCUGCCGGGCGAGGUAAUUUAUGAAAAAUAUUCUCUAGAAUAUGGAACUGAUUGUCUGGAAAUGCAUGUUGGCGCUGUCCAAACCGGUGAACGCGCUAUAGUUAUCGAUGAUUUGGUUGCAACAGGUGGAACUUUGUCAGCAGGAAUAAGACUUUUAGAACGUGCUGGUGCUGAAGUAGUGGAAUGUGCUUGUGUAAUUGGUGUGCCUGAGGUUAAGGGACGGUGCAAACUUCUUGGAAAGCCACUUUAUGUCCUUGUGGAGCCACGUCAAAUAGAUCAAUGUUUUUGAGAGAUGUGAUUGAAAUACAAAAGUGAUCAAAUCUUUUUGCCUGUGGAGUGGUGUGUCCUGCAAAAUAUCAUCAUGAAAAUUGUCCUCUUUGUAUCUUGAUCUUGUACAUGUUAGGAUAUCAUGUAUGGUUAACAAGUUUGAACAAACAUCAAGAGAUUGAUUUUUCUGGCAUUAAUUAAUAACAUCAAUUUAAGGCCUCA